AUGGUAUCAGAGCUUCCAAAUUCAUCAAUGGCUUCCAACGUAGUUGUAGAUUCUGAAACACUACCAACAGAUCCUUUGCCUUCAACGAAUUCUUCAACAGAUCCUUCGAUGACUACAUAUGGCAGAUCGAAUUCUAAUUCUUCAAUGGAUGAUCAAAAUUCCAAUCCACCAAGUCCUUACUUUCUUCCACCAUCUGAUAACUCUGUGAUUCUUGUUUCGCAACCACUCACUGGUCCUGAGAAUUACUUGACUUGGUCGAGAGCAGUAUUUCUCUCCUUGAGUGGUAGAAACAAAUUUGGUUUUGUCAAUGGCCAAAUCUCCAUGCCUGAUCCAUCUUCAUCUCUGUACAAUGCUUGGCACAGAUCAAACACCACCAUUCUUUCUUGGUUGGUGAAUUCCUUGAGCAAAGAGCUUCAAUUUAGUGUGAUGUACAUUCACACUGCUAGGGAUUUAUGGAUCGACAUGCAUGAUAGGUUUUCUCAGCCAAAUGCUCUAAGAUUCUUUGAAGUUCAGAAAGAAAUUUUGAAGCUUUCACAAGAUGCACAAAAGAAAGAUCAAGUUUUUCAUUUUCUCAUGGGGCUUAAUGAUAGCUAUGCUAAUCUUAGAAGCCAAAUUCUGAUCACUGAACCUCUUCCUGGCAUCAAUAAAGUUUACUCCUUGAUUUUGCAAGAAGAGAAACGUAGGCAGAUUGGUUAA